AUGAAAGCCUCCAACUAUUUCGAAGACAUUGCCGCUUCGGAUACAGAGUAUUUCGUGCUGCCUGAGCUGCCCGAUCGGAUAGAGAUAACGAAGGCUCAAAUUAGUGGCAAGGCCGGCAAAAUACCGCCCGAGUGGACCGAAUUUCGCGAGAAGAUGUUGGAUUUAGAAUUCGGAUCGCUCGGGAACGUCGCCAACACGUUCGAGGAGCUCGAACCGGAGUACGUGAGGCACUACGCGCAAGUUAAAGGGAAAAAGGUUUGGUGCAUUGGGCCCGUUUCAUUGUGCAACGAGGACGAGUUGGAUAAGGCCCAACGUGGAAAACGAGCCUCGGUCGAUGAGCACGAGUGCCUGCAGUGGCUCGGUUCCCGAGAACUGGGCUCGGUCGUUUACGUCUGCCUCGGGAGUAUGUCCCGCCUGGCCGCCGCUCAGCUCGUCGAGCUCGGUUUAAGGUUGGAGGGUUCUGGCCGGUCAUUCGUUUGGGUCGUGAGGAACGUGUCGGAUGAGUUCGAAAGGUGGCUCGGGGACGAGAAGUUCGAGGAGAAGGUUAAGGGAAGGGGGCUUUUGAUCCGCGAGUGGGCCCCGCAAGUGUUGAUACUCGACCACCCGUCAGUCGAGGGUUUUCUGACGCACUGCGGGUGGAACUCGAUGCUCGAGGGGGUGGUGGCGGGGUUGCCGUGCGAGAGCGGGUUUCUGGUGCCCAAUGAAAAAUCGGGCGGUGGGGCGGCCGGGAAAGGCACUCUGAGCGCCAUGGAGUAUCUGACGAAUAUUCUGUCGUCGAAAGUGUACGACGUGGCGGUGGAGUCACCUUUGCAGCUGGCGGCCAAGCUGUCGGAGAGGUGGGGUGUCAAUGUCUGGCUCAAGAGAGAGGAUUUUCAGCCCGUUUUCUCGUUCAAGCUUCGAGGGGCUUACAAUAUGAUGGCAAAGCUCCCAAGAGAACAGCUUGAAAGAGGAGUAAUAUGUUCAUCAGCUGGAAACCAUGCACAGGGCGUGGCAUUAUCCGCUCAGAAACUAGGUUGCAAUGCUGUGAUCGUUAUGCCUGUCACUACACCUGAAAUAAAGUGGAGGUCAGUUGAAAGAUUAGGGGCAACUGUUGUACUGUUUGGAGACUCGUACGAUGAAGCCCAGUUCUAUGCAAAAAAACGGGCCGAAGAGGAGGGCCGAACAUUUAUCCCUCCUUUUGACCAUCCGGAUGUUAUCACGGGCCAAGGGACUGUUGGGAUGGAAAUUGUGAGGCAGAUGAAAGGCCCAAUAGAAGCAAUAUUCGUGCCUGUGGGUGGCGGUGGGCUAAUAGCCGGGAUUGCUGCUUAUGUGAAAAGGAUGGAAGUGGAGUCUUCUAUUUCCAGUGAUCCAUCCUUAACCAAUGAUUCUGAUUUAGAUCAAGUACAACGAAAUGCAAAGAUAAAUGAGCAUUUUUGUACAGCUGUCGGUGGAGUUGGUAAAAAGCAGCGAUUAUAUGGGGUUGGGAGUUUUGGCGCCUCACAGAUAUUAGCAGGAAAGUUAUCUCGGAUUUCAGAUGUUGACAUAGCGCGCAUUCGUGAGGAGGGAAGAGCUGAGGGUCGGGCUGAAGUGCAACAAAUCUUAGAUGAGUAUAAGGGUGAAGUGCAACAAAAGUUUGAUGACAUGGAUAAACGGUUUGAGUUGAUGAUGGCCCGCAUAAAUACAUCAGAGAGCACACCUUCUGGAUGCUCGUAG